AUGAAAGCAAGCGUUCAAUUUGACCAUUCACCACAAUCUGAGGCUUGUAUAGUAUCAAAAGACGUUUUUCGGGAGUCAUGGAGUUCAGAGCCAAGGAGAUUCGCUGAGAUCACACUACCGAGUUAUAAUCCAUUUGAUAUCAAACCGAUAGUUGCACAUGUACAAGUCGAUGAGAACUUACCAUCAAGAACAGCUAGAUUAUCAGCGAAGUUAUUCGAUGUACCUGAGUAUGGUCCAGCCUUCAGCUUCUGCUAUCUCCAAAUAAUGGACAAAAGUCCGCAAGUUUUCGAGACAGUAGCUAUUUCAGUCAGUGAACAAUUAUAUGAUAAGCUGAUGCAAUUGCGUCUAUCUGAACACAAAUUGGAAUAUCUCAAGAUUAAAUUUGGUCUUCGCAGUUUGGAAACUGUAGUCUGGAAAGAUUUUUCCAUAUAUCCUUCGUUAUGCUCAAUCUCAUAUUGCGCUCCACAUUUUGUUGGAUUGAUAAACUUUCAGAGGACCCAAAUUAUCUUCGUGAAAAGCAUGAAUUUGACCGUUUCAGAAUUUUCAAAGAAUAGCUAUCAAUUUGAUUUAUUGAGAAUAACUCCCUCAAGAAAUUUAAGAAUGAGAUUGAAAUGUUUAGAAUUUUCAGUACCGCCUGAUUUAAUAACUCCGGUACCCUCGAAAACCGAUGACGACACGAUUUACGCCUUUGCGAACUUUGAGACUAUGCUACAUAUGGGAAUAGCUAGUGGGUCCUAUGUAAGACUUGCUAGUGAAACUGUUUCGAGGAUAGUCAAACUGUUUGUUUUUGCGAAUCCAAAUAGCUUUGAUAGUUUCAAAAUAUUCGUCCAUCCUCGAAUUGCUGCACAUUUCUCAAAAGAUGAAGAAGUUUAUGUGACCAAGUGCGCAAUAAGCGAGACAGAAAUACAGAUUCCAUCAUCUGUCUCGAUUUCUAGAGUUGGAUGUUGGGAUAAUUCUCAGAAGAUUCUGCAGAAUAUAAUUUUUAGCAACCUUAAGUUGUUUCUUACCUCAAAGAAAAGAGUUCUCCAUGGAGGUGACAUGAUACCCAUACCUUUUGAUUCCAAUAUGGCGGCGCUUUGCUCUGACGACUCGAAAGGAGGACUCCCAUUCGCAAAAAACGACAGAGUAGUGUGGUUUUAUGUGGAAAACUUUGAAAUGGACAGCAAAUUGAAUUCCAAAAGUAGCCCUGAGUUCAUCAUUGAUCCCAACAAAACCAAGCUUAUAACUGCAAACACUGUUUCAAGACCCCCGCUAACAAUAGACAGGUGCAACUAUAUUUCAUACUAUGGUCUCAAAAAAACUUUUGAUUAUGAUUUUUCAAUAUUUCCUUACGCUAAAAAGAUGUGCGAUGUCUUAAGUUCAUUUUUGAGUUGUCGUGAUAGGAAAAUACCCUUUAGCAGUUCCAUAUUACUGCAUUCAGCCAGCCCAAAUACCGGGAAAAGUAUGUUAGUUGAGUUUGCGGCCGGUCUUUUAGGUUUUCAUCUAUUCAAGAUCGACUGUACAUUGCUAACUACAACAGUGGGAUCGAUAGACUCAACGGCUAAAAUUAUGGGAUACUUGAGGGGAAAGCUAGAUGGUUCCGUGCUGCAUUCAAAACCAGCCAUAAUAUUUAUCUCCCAUUUGGAUGUUAUUGUAGGCAAGAGCGAACAGGGGCAAGAUUUUGAGUCUGGAAAAGUUACAAAAACAAUGGAUGCUGAACUUACAAGGCUGAUCCAAGAUUAUUCCAGCACCGAAAGUGAAACAGUCUUUAUAGGUUCUGUCAAUGAUAUCGAUACUAUGCCUCAGAAUAUUAGGAAUACUGUAAAAUUCGACAUUAAUAUACCAAUACCAUCUGAAAAUCAGAGGUUAGCGAUUUUUGAAUGGCUUUUAUCGCCAUACCAGUUGAAUCAACAACAGUCUUCAAGCGGCCAGCUUUUCCAUUGUGGCCGCGAUGUAUCUACAAGCAAACUUGCACUACAAUGUGCAGGGUUGACACCAUUAGAUAUUGAAAAAAUUGUUCAAAGUGCUAAAUACAACUGCUUCAAAAGGAGUUCGGGUUAUGGAAGCAGGCAAAUUUGUGUCGAAGGUCUCUUUUACGUAACAAUGGAAGACCUUUCUAAAGCAAUAACACAAGCUAGAGAUGAGUUUUCCUUGUCUAUUGGUGCACCGAAGAUACCAAGGGUCACAUGGAAAGACAUUGGAGGUAUGGACACAGUUCAAGGAGAAAUCAUGGACACUAUAGAGAUGCCUUUGAAGCAUCCGGAACUUUUUGCCUCUGGAAUGAAGAAGAGGAGUGGUAUUUUAUUUUAUGGACCACCUGGUACUGGAAAAACUUUGAUGGCUAAAGCCAUUGCAACCAACUUUUCGUUGAACUUUUUUAGUGUCAAAGGCCCAGAGUUGUUGAACAUGUACAUUGGUGAAUCUGAAGCGAACGUUCGUCGUGUUUUUCAGAAAGCUCGAGAUGCGAAACCGUGCGUAAUCUUCUUUGAUGAAUUGGAUUCUGUAGCACCAAAGAGAGGGAACCAGGGGGAUUCUGGUGGUGUAAUGGAUCGAAUUGUGUCUCAAUUACUUGCUGAACUGGAUAGCAUGGGGACAGAAGGUGACGGUGUUUUUGUAAUAGGCGCUACUAAUCGACCAGACUUGUUGGAUGAUGCAUUACUAAGGCCGGGAAGAUUUGACAAGCUUCUCUAUUUAGGGAUAUCAGAUACGGACGAUAAGCAACUUAAUAUAUUGAGAGCAUUAACCAGAAAGUUUUCUCUUGCGGAUGACGUUAAUCUCGCGAAUGUGGUCAAGAAGUGCCCUUUUACCUAUACAGGAGCAGAUUUCUACGCCCUAUGUUCGGAUGCCAUGCAGAAUGCCAUGUCAAGAAUAGCAGAGGAGGUUGAUGGCAAAGUUAAUGAGUACAACAAACAACACAACGUGUCCUUAUCAGUUAGAUACUGGUUUGACCGAAUUGCCAAAGAAGAUGACAUGAAGGUUACCGUUCGAAUGACCGACUUUCUAAAAGCCCAGCGUGAGCUGACCCCAAGCGUUUCUGAGGAUGAACUGUCACAUUACUUACGUGUAAAAGCUAAUUUUGAAGGUAGCUGA